AUCCUCUUGAAUCGGCGAUGAGUGAACCUGCAAACCGAUAGCAGUAUUGGAGUGAGUAGAAUCCAUCCACCACCUCCCUCUCUCUUCCUUCCUUCCUUUCUCUACAAAACCCCAAACGAACAAACCCUCUGGCCUCUCCCUCUCUUUCCCUCUUCAUGAUCUUUCCCAGCUCGCUCGGGAUCUCCAAUCCCCCAAAUGGCAGCGAUGAGAACCUCCUUCCUCAACCUUAACAACAGCUCCUCCUGCGUCGGCUUCUUCAACUUCCGCUCCAACAGCAGAGGAGUCCGCCACCAUUCCCCCGCCACCUCUUGCAGCAAGCUCGACGGCGUUGCCAUGUGGCUCGUCAACGGCGUCGCCGCAGCCUUCUUCGCUUCCUUGGAUAGCUGCUCUUGCAUCCGGAUCGCCACCAUCGACGACGACGACGACGCCGAAGACGACAACGACGCCCCACUCAUUCUCAAUGACGACAACGUCACCCCGCCGCCCAGGAGGAGGCCAGAGCCAAAACAAAUUUCAUUUAAGAAAAUAUUUGAGGUGUAAAUUUUAAUAGUUCUUCAUUUUAAUAGUUUAUAAUUUUAUUUUUAAUAAUUAGAAAUAAUAUGAAAAAUUAAUUUUAUUAAAAUUAUUAUUUUUAAAUUGUCACGUCACAUAUUUAACGGUCAACUUUUAGAGUUGACCGCCAUGUAAGCAAAAGUUAACAGAGUUGGACGAAGAGUGACCAAACGUGAACGGUUUCAGUAAACUGAAGUACCACCAAUAGAUUUAAAUAUUUCGAGUGACCAAACUUGAACGUUUUUUAUAAUCUCAGUGACCAAUCAUGCAAUUAACCCGGUUAUUUUAUCAUAAAAUCGUGUUUUGGAAAUAUAGAUUACAUUUUGGCUGAUUUGUUGUAUGUUGGAUUAUACUGAUUUGGUACAAUUAUCUCGAGAAGUUAUCAUUUUAAAUAUAAUAAAUUCCAAGAUUUUGU